AUGGAACGUGUCAUAGAAAUUCAAAGAAGUGUUAUUCCAUGUAUAGAAGAUGUCAAAUAUUAUUUGGACUAUUUAGACUCCGAGGACAAUCGAUUUGGAGUCGAAACAAUGAAAGUCGAAGGUCAGUUAACAGAUGAGCAAUACAAAUUUCUCGAGAAUGACAUAUCGAAAGUCCACCCACGAAAACUCCCCACCGAGUUUAUGUAUCUUUUUGAUCUCUACCAAAACAACGAAAUAUCAAGAGAGGACCUUUUGAAUCAAUUCCCAAAUUAUGACAAAGUCAAGUACGUUGUCACAAACGAAGACCGACUCGACGAAACACAAAAGGUCUUCUCUGAACUGUUUUUAAGUGGAGAAAUUGACUUUGAAGAGAUGACUUCACUAAACACUGAAUACGUCACAUUUGUAACUAACAAAAAAAGCUAA